ACGUUGGAUUCUCAAAGCGAACGCGCGUCGAUCGUUCUGCUCCGAAAAGCUUUCUUCCAACUCUUCCCCGGUUACACCGAAUCCAACCGAGUGCGUUUCCGAUUGUGAUUCAGAUUGAUAUAGCGACCGGACCGAUAAUAGCUGAUAGUGCGUGUGUGCGUCAUUGUGUUCAAUUGAGUUAAAUUCGGCUGACGGGGAUUACUAAAUUACUAAAUCAGUCGCAAAAUGAGGGAAAUUGUGCAUCUGCAGGCGGGCCAGUGCGGCAAUCAGAUCGGUUCUAAGUUCUGGGAAAUCAUCUCGGAUGAGCACGGCAUCGAUCCCAAUGGCUAUUACCACGGCGAGUCCAAUCUGCAGCGCGAGCGGAUCGAUGUCUACUACAACGAGGCCAGCAGCGGCAAGUACGUGCCGCGGGCGGUACUCAUCGACCUGGAGCCGGGAACCAUGGACUCUGUGCGCCAGUCGCCAAUGGGCCAGCUUUUCCGGCCGGACAACUUCGUCUACGGGCAAUCGGGAGCCGGCAACAACUGGGCCAAGGGCCACUACACAGAGGGCGCCGAGCUGAUCGACUCCGUGCUGGAGGUCCUGCGCAAGGAGUCCGAGGGCUGCGACUGCCUGCAGGGAUUCCAGCUGGCCCACUCGCUGGGCGGAGGCACUGGCUCCGGCCUGGGCACCCUGCUCAUCUCGAAGAUUCGCGAGGAGUACCCCGAUCGCAUCAUGAACUCCUUCUCCGUGGUGCCCUCACCCAAGGUUUCCGAUACCGUCGUGGAACCGUACAACGCCACGCUGUCCAUCCACCAGCUGGUGGAGAACACCGACGAGACCUUCUGCAUUGACAACGAGGCUCUCUACGACAUCUGCUUCCGCACGCUGAAGCUAUCGUCGCCCACCUACGGCGAUCUUAACCAUCUGGUUUCCGUCACAAUGUCCGGAGUGACCACCUGCCUGCGUUUCCCUGGCCAGCUGAAUGCUGAUCUUCGCAAGCUGGCGGUGAACAUGGUGCCCUUCCCGCGUCUCCACUUCUUCAUGCCCGGAUUCGCUCCUCUGACCGCCAAGGGAUCCCAGCAAUACCGCGCCCUCACGGUUGCGGAACUGACCCAGCAAAUGUUCGACGCCAAGAACAUGAUGACCGCCUGCGAUCCCCGGCACGGACGCUACCUCACGGUGGCCUGCAUCUUCCGGGGACCCAUGUCCAUGAAGGAGGUGGACACGCAGAUGCUGAAUGUGCAGAGCAAGAACAGCAGCUACUUCGUCGAGUGGAUUCCGAACAACGUCAAGGUGGCCGUCUGCGAUAUCCCGCCCAGAGGCCUCAAGAUGUCCGCCACCUUCAUUGGCAAUUCGACGGCCAUCCAGGAGAUCUUCAAGCGCAUCUCCGAGCAGUUCACCGCCAUGUUCCGGCGCAAGGCCUUCCUGCAUUGGUACACCGGCGAGGGCAUGGACGAGAUGGAGUUCACCGAGGCCGAGAGCAACAUGAACGAUCUGAUAUCCGAGUACCAGCAGUAUCAGGAGGCUACUGCCGACGACGAAGUCGAGUUCGACGACGAGCAGGCCGAGCAAGAAGGUUACGAGUCGGAGGUCCUGCAGAACGGCAAUGCCGAGUAAGGACCUAGAAAAUAACACAAGUGUAGCUGUUUUCUGUAUACUAUUUUGUAAAUUAUUUGGCCACAAAAGGCUUCAAAUAAAUAUUUAGUAAAUAUAGUAAAAAAAAA